CGAAGGUUUCGUCGCGUUUCUGAUGAAACUCUGUCUUCUUUACCUCGUUCGAACCUCUGAAUUGACAUUUCCCACCGUUUAAAUGGUCAUCCGUUUAUCUUAAAGGAGCUCAUUGGUUAGAAGGUAAGUUCGAUUGAUGUUAUAAACCUCUUACAUGAACACCCUUUAAUGUCGAUGGUUUGUGAUGCACCAUCCGUCGUUUUGAAUAAUGGAAUACAUGUAUGUUGAUUUUCUACGUGCUUCUAAGCCAAUGGACGCCACUUGCAGAUGCAGUAGUAGAAAAGCUCUCACCAAUACGCAACUGUAUCUGAAAGGAGCGCCAAUUACACCGAUCUAAAGUUCACGAACGUUUCUUUACACCGAUUUUAUAUUUGGGUACAAUCUGCCAGUUGCAUUCUUUGAAAGAACACUUAAAGCAUACACCUUUAUACUUUGAUUUAACAGAAAUGGAGAAUCUCAACGAUCUAGGUGAUUGUCUAAACACAGAAAUCGUUUGCACCUUAGCUGGUCUUGGUUAUUCGGAAGGCAGCGAUUACUACAAGAGCCCAGACUGUCUAGGUAGGUUGCAAAGUGGAUAUAUUUCUUAAAAGUGAAAAUGUUGUUGCUGUAAUCUGCUCUCAGGUUAAGCCAGUAUUCUUCCCACUUUUAUGUUGAAUUCUCUUAAUUGCUUAGCCCUUUAUUCGUAGAGACAAAGGCAAUUCUGUAUUUACCUGAGAACAGAUUUUACCUUCAACAAAAAUAUAAGCUUAAUUAUGGUGUUUGCCAUGCCUCAGGGUGGUAAAGGGGUAUUCAGUGACUUGUGGGUCCCAAAUAAGCGGCGUGAUGCUUGAUUGGGCCCAGAUUGGCCGCAUGAGUUGUGAUUAGUAGGGUGUUCAUUAGGCAUCGAGAUCGGAGAAUUCUCUGUUUACUAUGAAAAAUUCUCCGACUAACAUUUGGUAGCCUGUGACUAUUUUUUAUUCAGACAAGGAGCCUCUUUCAAAAUAUUCUGGUGUAACGUUACACCUGUCUCCUACUACUAGAAAUCUUAAUGAAAACCCUGGAUUAAUCAUAGUAGGGUGGUGUGUGAUUUACUAUUUUCAUAAUGUGUGACACAAGAUUUUCCUUUUGGAUUUCCGUUAAUGGUGAAUAUUAUUUGAAUUUAGAAGCAGACAUUAAAAACAGAUAGUCAUGACAUCAUUUUCUGGUUCUUUUUCUCAUCCUUCAUCUCCUCCUGGUCUCCUGUCAAAAUCAUGUUAUGACCUCUAUUCUCAGUCAGUGAAUACUGGUUAAUACAGUUAAUGUUUGAACAACACCGGAUUUCAGAAAACCCUUUUGUACAACUAAUGUCAUUCAAUCAACUGUGCAGCCUUUUUCUCCAGUCUUCUUGACUGAAAAUUUAAUGUUCUCAUUGUGGUAUAGUUUGAAAGAUCUCUUCCCUCAGCACAAGUUAAAUGACAAAGUUGUUGUUGACCAUUAAAACUGAUGACAUCAAAAGCGUUAGAAGGGAUGUGGAUCUGCAUGGGUGGUUACAGGGGUUCAGGGGCAAAUAGAUUAAUUUUAUCCGUGAUCCACAUUCUGCUUUAUUGCAUUUCCCAGUGUGUUGAUCAUCGUUCAAUGCAAAUGGUUGGGGAUCACAGGAGUGUUUCCUGAUAAAUUUUCUGUGAUGGGCAGUAAUCCCAAAAUAUAAAAAGCUAACCCUAAUAUGUAAACCAAACAAAACAACCUUCAUGCAUUAAUUGAUAAAGUACACUAAGUAAUCUUUUUUGCCAUAAAUGAAUUAAAUGUUUUCUGAUGUUUGCAGAGAGCCUCAAAGACUUGGUCAGAUUUUUAAGGCGUGAUGACACCACGUGUGAAAUAAGACGCCAACUUGGAUAUUCUGAAGUGCUGCAAAAUGUAUGUUUUAUUUUUUGCAAUUUUUUUAAGACUAUUAACAGGUAUAACAUUAUUAUUUCCUUAAAAUCUUGAAAACUCAGUUAUUAAACAAAAUUCAAGCAAGUUAAAGGUUAGUACUUGUUGCCCAAGUGAAAGGAUUAUUAACUCUCAAAGGCAAUGCCAUGGCAGUCCCUAUUUUUUCCAAAAAAAAUUGCACACACACUUGAAAUAAAUUUUAUUAUACUCUCACAUUAGACUGGUAAAAGAUGCGAAAGCCUCUUAAAAAUUGCUGCAUGGACAAUGUAACAACAAAAAUUUGAGUAGACAAAAAUUAUACCGUCAACUAAGUGUCAGUGAAGUAUCGGCUGAAUGACAGUAGCCUAUCGAUGGAUGUGUCAACCGACUAUCGGUCAACAUACUGACCAACAUACUGACCAACACUCUAUUGCUCGACAUAAUUAUCAGCUGACUGAUGUCGGCCAAGAGAUCAAACAGGAGUCUGCUGGUAUGGCAAAAUUUAGAGUCAGCCAAUUUUUUGAUCAAGUAUCGGCCCAUAGUGUCGACUGAUACUUAACUGAGGGGUGCACAAAUUACACAAGAUCCAAUGAUUGUUCUCUUUCAGGAUCUGGUGGCAAUUCUUAAAAGCUGUUCCUCGACAGAAAGAGAGAUUUUUGACAUGGUGAUAAGGUACUUGGAGCUAAUUUGUACUUCUACUAAUAACAUUAUUCUAUGAUUAAACCAUUUGAAUGAAGCCUUCAUGAUCUCCAGUACUUUUGCAUGAUACAGCUAUUUAUUUCUAUUAUCAACUUUGAUGUAUUAUCUUUGCAUUGUAGCAUGAUGGCAGGGUUUUAGAGUGCUUUAGAUUCUCAGAUGAGGAUGACUAUGCAAACAAGUUUUUUCCCAAUACUUAUAAGUGGUGCUCGUGUAUGAACCAACGUCAGAUGCUGGCAAAUGCGGUAGCCUUUGUCAGUUGACUACGAGUUUAAGUGAGAACGUCAUAGUGGCGAAAACGAGUUAUCAAAUGUUAGAAAUUUUAUCAUUUAGUGAUCAAGAGAGGGCUUUACCUCCUUCAACAGAAAUAAGUGUGUUAACUAAAGUAAAGUUGUCCUCAUCCUUGAGUCUAAAGCUCUCUAACAACAACAGUGCAAAAACAAUAAUACUUAUGGCCAGGGGCCCAAAGGCUGUGCUCAGGUAGUGCCAAUGGCCAGUGCCUUGCGACUGGAAAAUCUUCAAUUUUUCAUAAAAGUCAUAUGACAGCAGAGCUAGAAAAAUUGAAUUACAGCUUUUCCUUUAAGCAAGCAGCUCUCACAUUUUGCCUGCCCAGGACCACUUCUUGCUUGUCUCACAGUUAAUGAUUUUAUUAGGGAAUGACUUGCCUAGACCAAGUACGUUUUGUAAGCUUUAAAAAGGGGUGAUUAUUGAGGAAUCUUUAAUAGCAAUAAGUAUGGCAAUAGGUCACACAGAUAUUGUUAUAGUAUUGCGAUAGUGGAGGUACUAGGUACUAUCUCCACAACGGCCACCUUGGGGACAGAAGAAAGUGGCCAUUGUAGUGAGGUUGAAACAAGAGUGAAAGUAUGGAUGAAUGGGUCAAUUCUCCCAAAGAAGUCUCCUUUCCAAAACUCUUUCAUUCUAAAAAUGUCACAUAAGAAUUCUUAUUUCCCACCCCAAACCAACCACCCCAAAACUUGGAUUGUUGGACACCUUUCCAUUGUUUUGAUACUUGAGUAUUCUCUAUCUCCCCCUGGGUAAAGUGUAAUAUGGCUCCUGCCAUAAAACUGAAGCAAAUCAAGUGGAGGACUGUCUUUCUCUUGUUCCAUUUCUGACAUGUUAUACAUGUAACAACUGUUUUUGUGUCUGUGAUUUUUGAUUUGUUUGUUUGUUUUAGGUUAAUGGUUAAUUUGACUCAGCCAGCAGUGCUGUGCUUUGGAAAUAACAUCCCAGAUGACAAAACCGGUCAGCAUUAUUACUUGGACCUUGUAACCCAGUUACAGUCCUAUAAAGAGGUACAGUAGUGGACUUUAAAUGCAGAGAUAGAAGCCUAUUGUUAGCUGCAAGAGAGCUGUUUUGCAGUGAAAGAAAUGCUGUACAUCAGUGUGUGCAAAAACAUUGUAAAUUGUACAACCUUUUCUCUAAUGGGUGUGUUGUGCUACAUGUAGUUUCCCCUUUUGGACAAUUCUUGAGAUACUUCGAUCUCUGCAGCAAUGGACACUAUAAACAGGACUUUCUUCAGUUCUAUAAGACAGACACCUCUUAAACAGCCAAAACAUCUUACAGAGAGUUAACUUCAUACAAUCUACACUGAAAAAAUGAGGAGGGGAGGCCGGGUGGAGGCAAGAUCUAAAGGCUAAAGAAAAUUCAAGUGGCCACCGUGAAAUCCUAUACUAAGCAUGUGGAGCUGAUGCAAGCAAGACUGAUUUUGUCUGUUUUGCCACUAACUGCCCAUUUCCUUACAAUACUGAAUCAUUUUUUGUUUACGUACAGUGGGACCCCGUUAAUACAGUCAACAAUGGUUAAAAAAAUUUGAUCGUAUUAAUGGGAUGGCCGUAUUACCAGGGCAGGGUCAAAUUUCAUGACUUAAGGGUGUAAGAGCAGAUUCACCAUACAUCACAUUCACACUCUGUUCUUGCACCAAUGUUUUCUUAAAUAAACAACCAGAAUGUAGAUGUCACGUAUAGUAUUAUUGUAAAAACCACUAAAACUUUCCUUCAGUACGUAAAACACCUUUAAAAAUUGGCUAUUUAACCCCCACAAAUGCGUUUUAAAUGCACUGUAGUCUAAAAACAAUACAAGAACAGACUCAGCUUACUACGUUACUGAAAUAUGACUUUUCAUGGGCACCUUAAUUUUCUACAUUUCAAACGAGUGCAUGGCCGUGUCAAUGGGGUGAAAUUAUAAAGGAUUCUUCUGUUUGGGAUUUCAAAAUGUGGCCACUGGCCGUAUUAACCAAUGACCAUAUUAGCAAGGGUUUUUAUGAGCAAAUGAACAUGUGUGGCCAUUUUGCCAUGCUGAAAUAAAGUGGCUUUCAUGACGAGGUGACCAUUAUUACCGAGGUGGCCAUAUGGCGGGGUUCCACUUUGUUGCAAAAAGAUUUUCCAUAGCUUAUUUAUUUGUGAUUAUUGCCUGCACUGUUUUUCAUGUGACAUUAUCCACACUGCAGGCCUUCACAGAAAAAGAAGUGAUGUCAGUGAUUGGACGAGAGCUUGGAAGGUUACUUCAGAUGGUAGGAACAUUGUUAAAUUAAACUAGACUACCGGUAUUUCUGAUUUAAACCUUUCCAUCAGUGGUUCAAUGUUUAUUUUCUUUCUUGUUUGACUUAAUGGCUUUUGUUUUCUCAGGAAUGGGAUGAACGACUCGAAGAAGACUCUCUGUUGGUUGAGAGAAUUCUGUUGCUGCUUAGAAACAUUCUUCAUGUACCAGCUAAUAAGCAGGCAGAAAAGGUACAUGUACUGUAUUACACAUUUCACUUAAUAACAAAUGAAGCCAGUGUACCUCAACAGUGUUGUCAGUUACACCUCUUGAUUUUUUCCAACACUGUACAUAGCUGGUUACCAUUUUUCUUUAUUUUGUAAAAAGACUAUGAGUAACAUGAUUAGUUGUUUAUUCAUGUUUCACACCCUUAGAAAAGAUCAACUGAAUUGUUGAGAUUGAAAUGCCUUGAAACAUUUUGACGGGUAAUAUAAUCUCCAUCUUUGACAAGUGAGAGCAAUAAAAUUUCACCUUUUUCGAUGGUGGAUGAUUAGAUUUUAGGCCAUUUGACGGCUGAAGGAUAACCCCAUCAAGACCCUCCUGUAUGGUUUGUUCACACGUGGAAGUUCACAUUUGUUUUUGAUUUUCGGAUUCAUUACCUCCAGCUUCAAGUGCCUGAGCUACUCUUUGCUUUCUUUUUAUUUAUGCACAAUUAAGCCCCCCCCCUCAAAUGUAUAAAAUAAGGCCUGGGUUGGGGGGGGAGGUAAUAGAUGAUUUAAAGAAAUCUAAUCACCAGAAAAAGUUAACUUUGUUUUUCUUGUAAAUGAAGAGAACAGAUGACGAUGCCAGCAUUCAUGACCAGGUUAUAUGGUAGGUUCAUUAAUCAAGAUUGAGAAUCAGGGCUGUCACUAAUUUUUUUUUCUUUUUUUAUUAAUUAUGCUUUAUUAACCACAUAAAUCACAAAAUAUACAGCAGAGAAAGAAAAAUAAUAAUAAUAAUAAUAAUAAUAAUAAUAAUAAUAAUAAUAAUAAUAAUAAAAUAACUGCAAUAAUAAGGCUGUCACUAAGAUUUCACGUCGCCGGGUAAAUACAACAAGUAAGUGGGAAUCAAACAGCUAGGGAUUUCUUUUAGUUCUAUUUUUCUUCUAUUUUCCUAUGAAAGUAGCUGGAGGCCACGUUCUUAGUAGCUGGGGGAAAUCCCCAGCCCCGCCUCUUUAUUAAUGACAGCCCUGAAAAUAUAGUCUCACAAGUUAAAGAUACUUUUUAACUACUGUUGAACAUCCAUCAAGUGGCUAUCUUCGACUGUAUUUUCCUUCAUUAUAUUUUUUUAAAAUAAAGCCUAUUGAAACUAGAUGUAUCAAGCACAUGAUUACUUCUUGACAGAGGUGACAACGAUAGCAGAACAAUUUAAAUGGCCAAAAGGUGGCCGCAGCCACUUGAUAGAGGUGGCCCCUCAAUAAAGGUUCAAUUUACAAUAAUAAUUAUUAUUACAGUCUCACUAACUGGAACCGCUAACUCGAACCCUCUAUAACUUGAACUUCCCGCUAACUCGAAGUAACUUUCAUUUCCCUUCAGAUCAUUUUCUAUAUAAUUUUACCCUCAAUAACUCGAAAUCCCGAUUUAUCAAACCUUUUUUAUUUCCCUUGAAGGUUCAGAUUAGCGGGAGUCAACAGUACAAAAAAAAUUAUUUAUUUUCCGUAGUUAUUUUGGGACUUUGAUUACUGGUGGCUUCAUAGGGGGUGGCUGCUUAACAGGUGGUCUUUUUAUGGAGGUCCAGCUGUAGUUGAAAGGAAUUACAGCAUUACCUCUGCAAUACAGGGCUUUUUUCUUUGUCAUUUUCCAGGUAGUUAUCAAUGUCCUAAAGACAUUAAACCUCAUAAUUAUCUCAUGAUAAUCUCUAGCUUUGCAAUACAGACACCUUAAAGUUGAUGCUUGGUUCUGUUCAUUUAAUUAAUGCCCAUAUUGAGAAGGGUUUUCUGUACCACCAGUACAUGUACGUGGUUGAACAGAACAAAUAACCAGAUUAUUUAAUAAAAGUGGCCUAUUUUUUAUUUAUUUCAUUUUUAAAGGAAUCUCCAUACCAAUGGAAUUGAUGAUCUGUUGCUCUUUAUAGCAAGUUCUCCAGAUGAGGUGGGACAUUUUCUAACAGUUAAUAACAAUGUUUCAUGGGGAUAUGAAUACAUACAGUGUUGUACAUAUCUAUGGGCACUUUUGGUUGUCGACCCCUGUAACCCUAUCCCUAACACUUUGUCGUCUAGUAAGUUAGAGGAGUUGUUUUCAUCUGGUCCAAUCUACAAUCCUGGACAAAAGUCCUUGGGACAGUACUGUAACAUUCAUAUCUUUCUGUCUCUUCUUGGUUCCCUCUUAAAACAGUGCAUCCUUUUCGAAAUUUUCUUGCAGUUCUCCCUCCCCCCACCCUAUACAAAGUUGAAACUCAGAAAAAAUUCUGGAUACACGCAUCCAACAUUGUUUGUGGGGGGAGGGGUUGGAUCUGUGUGAAUUGGAAAAAAACCCAGAAAUGCAAGUGUCCCAAGACUUUUGUCCAUGAUUAUAGUUUGUUUACACCUGUUUAUUUUUCCAAACACACAUCUUUCCACCCCUUUAACAAGGUCAGAGUUGUGAAGAGGUCUGUUAUAUGGUAGUUCAAUGGUACUGAAAAGAAACACAUGAGAAGUCUGGUGUACUGUGAUGUUCUAAAAUACUGUACUGAUGUUUCCUACUUUAUUAACUGAUUUGGAUUGUCCCUUUGCAGAGACGUUGGAGCAUGCAUGUACUGGAAAUUGUUUCAUUAAUGCUGAGAGAACAGGUUGGGUUUUACAACGCUGGAUUCACACUUAAUACAUGUUACCAGUUAGUUGUUUAUUUUACUCUAAUGAUCUUGUCACAUUCAUGGUUUAAUUAAGGGUUGUUCAGAACUAUGUACAUUGUAUGACUUUAAUGCUUCAAUGAAAUCACCCUAAAAUAAUAUAUACAUGUACUACAAUAGUAAAACUACAGUCACUGUAAUUCCAUUUGGACUCACAAAGGUUCCAUGACUCUUCAACCAAGUAACACAUAAGUAAAGCAAGAUUUUUUUGUCAAGUUUUACUUGCAAGGGGUUAUUUUCUCUAUUUUGUUCUCUGUAGAAUGCAGAAUUGCUAGCCAAGGCUGGCGAAGGGAGGUCCAGGAAUGAAAAGAAGGAAGAUGAAAGGUACAAAAUUACAGCCAUUCUUUUGAACAAAUUAAGUAAAUUUACUCAUCACAAUGUCAUCAUAUUAGAGCCUGCAAAGUCUUAAAUUUUAAUGUACUUUAAAAUAUUAAGAGGUUACAGUCUUUGUUUAAUUUUCAUAUUCCAGUUUAUUUCUUUUUUCUAAGUUUAGCAUCUUAAAUCCUUUCCAGACAACUGGAGAUUCUUUAUCAGCAAGAGCUUGCAAAUAAACUAAAUAAUGCAAGAAAGUUUUCUGGCAGGUAAGGAUAAUUAUUUUUGAUGUCUUUCAUUUUACAUAUGAGAUGACGGCAGCAAAAAAUACCAUAGCCGUUUGGUGUAGAGGUGGUGAAACAGUGAACACUGAACUUGAACCUGAGUUUAAAGUCUGAUUAGUUUUUUACUUCUAAGUAUUGAAAUUUUAAGUUAUCUCACUUUGAUCAUCUUCCUAGCUACCAAUGUGUAUUUUGAACCACUAAAGCUGCCAAAAAAAUGUAGAGCAGUGGUUAAUUCCUUCUAGUUGAACUACAAUAAUUGUGGUGUUCACAUAAGUUUCUCUCCACCCUAGACAUUCUAGGUUUGGAGGAACAUUUUAUGUGCAGAAUAUGAAGUCUAUAAAUGAUCAGAAUCACCUUAUAUAUCACAGACCUGUUGCUGGUGAGUGACUAAAAUACUUGUGAAUGUCAAUAGUGUGGUUAUAUGGUUAAAAGUAAUAGUUAUAUUCCUGCCAAACGUCCACUAGCAGCCACAUCUCCACAAUGGCCUUUUUUUGGCAGGCGGUCCAUACAUUCACUCUUGUUUCAACCUCUCUACAAUUACGGCCACCUCUCUACAAUGGCGACUUUUUUGUGUCCCCAAGGUGGCCGUUGUAGAGAAGUUCAACUGUAGUACAUUCUAGAAUUCUGAAUUCUGAAUUUCCAUUAAGCAUGUAUCAGCUCUCAAACACUGACAUUCACUUGGAAUCCCUUUCCCAAAGAAAUUCUCCCCAGGCUGGCCUGCCCUUUUUAAGGUUAUUUCUAGAUAAGACUUACAGUGUAUGUACAUCUAAGGUUGAUUACAUGUAACAUGUAGGCAUGUCAGCAUGUGUCUUAAGUUGGUUAAACAGUCACAGAACCUUUGUGAGUCCAAAUGGAAUCACAGCUUGGUUGAAACGUCUUUAUGGACCACAAGACAGUUCAGAUGACUAGGUAGAACCCAUCCUCACUUAAUGACAAUCCCUGUGCUGCGGACAAUUUUGUUGGCUGUGGACCACACUCAAGUGUGCACUUACCUCUAGACUUCAAGGAAAGUAAGGCUAUUAGGCCCAUGCUCUGCAUACAGCCCUCCAAAUUGUUUCUUUGAGUUCAUUCAGCAGUUGUCAGUAUCACUGCUAGCUGUUGGAUCCCUUAACUGUUAAUUAGUACUGGAUAUACAUGGUCCCAUAUCUGUCUUAAUCAAUAUGCUAGGCUCUGAUCUGCUUGCCAUGUGUCCACUGUUUACCUCCAAUUGUAUACACUAUAUUUUCUCUUUCUUUGUGACAUAGAGGUAAACAAUAUGACCUUUGAUCACAAUAAGACAGCACCAAAGAAGAGGAAAAAACAAUUACCUGCAAAAGAAAUGGGAGAUGAGAGGCGAUCCACUUUGAGCAUAAGGUGUGUGCAUUGAUGGGCAUGCAAUUUUCAUUUCCCAUAGUAUAACAUUAUGGGCAGCUGUCUAAUACUGUCAGCUAUGAAUGGUGUAGGACAACAACGGCAGUUAAGACAACAGGGGUACUUCGCUAGUUGGAGAAAGAAGUAACAUGGCUAUCCUUUGAGUUCUAAGUUUCUCCAGUGUAGAGUUCACAUGUAUCUUGUGUCCCAAUUAAGAAUCAAGAGAAUGCUUUUGUCUACCUGUGAAACUUCAUGACUCAAUUACUUUUCACAUUACCUGCUGUAAACUAGUGAGAUGCCUUUUUUACUAAUGAAAACUCGACUUGUCUAAUGGACACAACUUGCCCACCUGCAUGUGUUGUAAAACUGUCUUUACAACUUGCAUCAGUUCGACAAUGCUGGACAAGACAAGCUGUCAUGAUUAUGAUGACUGUAUCAAAAGGAUUCGUGCCAACCAGUUGAAUCUUAUUUUUUCUUCCCAAAGGUUGUUUCUGAAAAAUUUUUGUAAGGGAUUCUUACAGAAUUGCUACAAUCCAUUAAUGCUUGUAGUUAAGGUAAGUGGUCAUUAAUAGUAACUAACUAGUUUAAAGUCAACUCCCCUUAUUGCUGACACCCUUGAGACUGUGAGCUACUGUUCUCAUAAUUGAGAGUCUCAAUACCGGGUUACAAGGAGAAUUACAAAUAGAUAUUACGCGAAACUAAGAAAUGCUCAGAAAAAAUCCGAGCCCCCAGUAGGAAUCAAACCAAUGACCUUCCAGAUACCAGUAUGAUGCUCUAACCACUGUGCUAUGGGCAACUCAUAAACAAGCAGGUCACGGGUUUCGGGGUAGCCACAUGACUUUGCAUCUUGCGAGUACGUUGGACUAAAACAAAGCAGCACACUGACUUACUUGCAUCACGCAGGCACCUUAAGAAAGUGUUGUGUACACUUUGAAGCCAACCAAGCACCCAAGUGCGAUGAAGUUUUGAGAAGAAUUUUCUUAGAAAUAAUUUGCAUCAGAGUUAAUUGUAACAAAUGUAGUAAGUAGCAAGUGACAUAAAAGUUACUUGAGGCAAGGUUCAGUGUUAAGUUGAUUUUGUUUUAUCAUGCCCCUAUGUUCUUAUGUCGUUAGGAUAACCUCAAGCAUGGAAGGUCACAAGAAAAUGAUGAAACAUACUUCCUGUGGGCCAUGAGGUAGAAGCAAAACGGUCCUCUAUGAAUAGUCUAUAGAAAGUCCAAAAGCUAUCAUUUUAUGAAAGCUUUUGUAGCCAGGGGCUACAAAGUUCUGUGGAAAUCUCUCCUAGCUAUUUUGCCUUCAUGUAGUUGCUAAACAAAAGAUCAAAUGAACCAGAUAUGCAAAGUCACUUGCAAGAGAACGCUUUUUUUCUAUGCUACCCUUUGAUGUUAUGAUGUACAAUAUUUUUGGCAAUUUUGUCUAUUUCUAGGUUCUUUAUGGAAUUCAGCAGACACCAUGACUUCAGAGUGGACUAUAUAAGGUAAACAUCAGUGUGCAAAGAAAGUCAUGUUUGAUCUGUUUGUAUUCUUAACUUGCCCGGGUAAGUGAAGUUUUUUUUUUUUGUGGGGGGGGGGGGGGGGUCGAAUCUUUUGCAGACUGUGCGGACAAAUGUUUUAUUUUUUCAACUUUUUUUUUUGUCUAUGUGUACAAUUUUUUUCUUUUUCUUGUAAUGUUGUUAGUACAAUACGUGCCCGUCCCGAUCUUAGUGUUGUUCUUAGAGUCUGUUUAACUGUAGGUAGAGAGGCCUCGCUGCACUACCUAUCUUUGUCGCCCUACCGAUGACAUUUGGGGUUGUCGCAAAAGAUAAUAGAAUUAUAUGUGAAGAAAAAUUUUUUUUGUUGUUUUUGUGGUUUUUGUGGCGUGGUGGAUGUUUUUGUUUUUUUUUUUUGGGGGGGGGGGGGGGGGGGUGGUUCAAACUUCUGAAGCACUGUGAGACAAAUUGUUGUUAUUCUUCACUUUAUUUCAUGUGCAUUUGUCACAAUUCUUCUCUUUCAUGGGAACUUAUGAACACAUAAUUGACCUACUCCCAGCAUCAGUGGCUUCAUAGCUUAGUUGGCCAGAGGGUCGCACCGGUAUUGCGAGGUCACAGGUUCAAAUCCCAUUGAAGUCCUGAAUUUUUUUGAGGCGUUUCUUUAAAGACCUAAUUAAUUUUUUUGGGUGGAGGGCUUUUUUUCAAAUUGAUCUGAUGAUUAAUGAAAAAAUUAAUGAUUAAUUUAUAUUAAAUACUGCUCAUCAUAAAUUUGUCAGACCAGUUAAAAUGACUCUUGGGUUAGUACUUGCAAGCUUCAGCUUAUCUGAAGGGCAAGUCGUAAAAAUUCUUUUUGCGCCAUGAAAGUUUAGAUAAUCCCGUCUUUGGCCGGCUACGUUAAGCUGUUGGCCUUGUCUUCUUCAUCCUUCUUCUGUUGGUCAAAAUCGAAGGGAUCAUAAAGAACCCACACUUCUGUUUGGAAAGAGUAGGGAAAUUCCCCCCCCCCCCAUGGUGUAGUCUACCUUUCACGCAUCACAUAUCUUUCAUGUAAUGGGCUAUGGGUGGGUUACACUAAGCUCAUAAAUGGACUGAUAGUACCUGCCACUGGUGCCUUUUACAUUUGUAUGCUGAAGUCUGCGCUUCCUGUUAACAUCUUCAAGAAAACAGAUUACAUUACACAGGAAGCAGGUUUACAACUUGUUUAAAAGAAGACUGUUUACCGUUAAUAGAGGAUAAGCUCAGACUGUUCGUGUCAUUUCAUGUCCAUUGUCUUUUAAACAUGGUGCUGUUGUUGUUUAUGUUCUUAGUGAGACACUUAGUGUGGUGAGCUUCACAGACCUGCUUAACAUCAUCAUCAAAUUUUAUGAUGGAUGUGAAUCAAACAAAAGUGAAGCCCUUGUCUGGGGAAGGAGGUAAGAGUUAUCCCGGUUAAAAGGUUUUCUUCAACCAGAGAAUAGCUAGAAAGCUAUCAGGGCAACCAAACUGGACACAAUAGUGAAACAUCUUUCAUAUAGUGAGUUGUGUCUGUGGCUUUAAUCACACCCUUGGUCAGUUUGUACAAUCCACAGAAGUUGAAUUCCAGUUAGGGAAGAAAAUUAGAAAUUGUGUCUGUGUUAUAUCCUUUUUAUAAAAUAACUAAGAUAGUACGCGCGCUCUGAUUGGCUGAGAAGCGUGUUUGCAUGAGAGUAUGUAAACAUGGUUGUGGCGUCAAGAUGUUUUGCUUUUCGCGUGCGAAUCACGCAAGCACGAAUUUGAAAAAGUUUUCAAGUUCACAACUCGACAAGUUUACUUUAUUUACCCAUUCCUUCAUCGGCUGACAUUUUAAGCGAGAAAAGUCUGUAUUUUGGAAAGCAUCUUUUUGCAAAACAAGAACUGAUUACACGUGCAAGACUUCGUGGACAAGAGUUUGCGAGUGGUAAGAAUUUCUCUUUUAAUCAUUGCCAUACAAAGAGUUUUUCGUUUUUCCUCGGGAAAUUUAUUUUAUAAAAGCAAUAGAAAACUUUUUUCCUGUGUUUGCAUAGCCUGAUAGGCAUUGGGAGAAUUCGAGAGUUAUGCAAACCCUCGACUCCUCUUCUCCCAACCCCUCUCGUGUUUAUAUCAGGCUAUGCAAACACGGAAAACGUUUUCUAUUGCUUAAAUAAUACUGCCAUUAGCAUUGAAUUAAGAAAAAUGUUGUGAUGGUGAUGAUGCUAACCUUGAUGAUGUUGUUGAUGAUGAUACUGAUGAUGAUGAUGAUGUUGAUGGUGAUUAUGGUGAUGAUGAUGAUAAUGCCAUUAAGAUCAUGAUGAUAGCAAUAUGGAUAACCUUAACUUUUCUGUUUAUUAGGCUGGUUAAGGCCCAUGGGAGAGGUACUAAAGUUAAUUAGUCAACUAACACAAUAAUGAAACAUAUACCUUUGUAGGCUACACCUUGCAAUUCAAGCUUACAAAGAGUUGAUUCUGAAUGUCGUGUACAUGGACAAGUCUGAUGAUGAAACGUUGGUAGAAAAUGCUAAGAUCAUUAAAGGUAAGCAGAGGUGUUAACUACUAUUAUGACAGGUAGAUGAAAUGUAAAGUUGUUGAUGAAAAGCAUAAUGUUAAGCCAUUACAUCCAUAUUUGUACUGCAAUAUUAAUUCAAGAAUAAACUAGGGAUUUCUUGUUGUAAUUUUAUGAUGAAUGUUAGAUCAAUGUUUAUUUCUGAUUUUUCAGGAAACAUUUUUUACAUGUCUGAGUACAGAGAUACAUUGCUAUCACUUGUGAGGAAGUUUCACAUGUCAAAACAUACAAAGUAUGGAUACGUUAUUGUAUAAGUGUGUUGUUGUGUAUGUACAUACAUGUGUGUCUUAUUUGAUGUUCUGUUUGGAUUGCUGUGAUAUUUCAUGCAGUGAAACUGCAGGCAGUAAAUAAAAUUUUUUUUUCUACAAGCAUUGUUUAGCAAAAUUCUGAAUACGUUCAAAAGUCACAUGAAAAUUAUUUUUCCAAGACCCUUUUCACACUAAUGAAUUUUAAAACACUUUCAUGAUUUUUUCUCAUGCAUCUGCACUAAAACUAGAAGUUCUCCGCAAUUCAUGUAAGGUCAAAUCAGAUCACAGCUUGUGAGAUAUUAAAGUGAUUGAAGAUUUCCUAUCUCAAUGAAAAGUUGCAAACCAGCAAAAGGCUGGUGUAAUAUACUGAAAAUAUUUGGCCCUUGUUGUUCACAAGUUACACAGUGCUGUCCACUGGAAACAUUUAUAUCCAGUACAUAAGGAGAAGAAAUACUAACUGCAUUACCUACUGUUGAAUUAUUUAUCCAGUGGGUAUUAUUAUCAGCAGGGGUAUUUUGCAGAAUGUCAAAUGCAGAACACCAAAUGACUCUGACUUAGUGAUUGCGGUUAGAAAAGUGAGUGAUUUAGGUUCCGUUUAAGGUCAUUAAACUGGGAAAACAGACCUGAAACCUUAAUAUAUUCAUUCAGUUUUCUGACCCUAAUCACCAAACUUCAUAGUCAUUCAAUGUUCUGCAUUCACCAAACACCGGAUGCAGAACAAUGAAUGACUCUGAAGUUUAGUGAUUAAGUUUAUUCACUCAGUUUCUUGUACUAACCCUGAUCACCAAACUUCAGAGUCAUUUAGCAUUCGGCAUUCUGCAAAAUACCCCUAGUAUUUUUUUUCCACCUUAGAACAACUAGUUCCAUGCCCCAGUUAUUUGUAAGUUGGACAGUGCUAUCCACCAGCCACUAUAAGGAUUAGGACCAAAAUUAACUGCAUAAAUCUAUCUUUGGAAGUCAUCAGAGGAAUUUGGUGUGACUCUGUAGAUGUUUUAUCUAUGUAUUACCUGUUUCUAAGUAACUAAAUGACAUUGCAUGAAUAUUGUUCUUGUUAUAGGGGCUACCUGAGAGACUUGAUCGAAGCUUUUCACAUUUUCUUAAAAAUGUUAGAAAAAUACUGCUCUGGAAAAUCUCAUAUAGUGGUUCAGGUAAGGGUUGAAUUUUCAUUUAGCAAUAUACCAAACUUUUUGCUGUGAAAAUAGGUACAGUAUCUGUUAUUUUAUAAUAUUAUACAGUAAUUGCUGCAUAUCUUUUCAGAUACACAGUGGAAUAAGCAUAGAGUAGCUCUUAGAUCCAAUGUGGUUAAAUAAAAGUUGGAUCAUGUAUCUUUUAGGGGACUGUCGAUCAAUGUAUUGGCCGAGAUGUCAGUCGAGAGUUGACCGAGUAUUGGCUGACAGCGGCUGAUAUGCCGAUCAACAGUAGACCAAGAUGUCGGCCGAUACAUCGAAUGACAGUCCCCCAAAAGAUACAUGAUCCUAAAACUUUAGUCUUGUACUAGUAUGGUGCUUCCAUUUAACUUCUGGAAAAGGAAAAGUACAACCAAACAAUCUAAGGGGUUGUGCAAAAUGUCAUGGAUGCGCUACUGGUAACAGAUACAGUUUUUCUUAAGUACAGGUGCAUUAGCUAAUAGUGUAACAUAAUAAAUUUGCCUGAUUUGUACUUAUUAUUUUGUUGGUCUUAGAAAAAGAAAAAGGCUUCAAAGAAGAAGAAAAGAACUCCACUUUCAAGUAAGCUUCCCUUUUUACUUGGUGCAUGGCCUUCUGUGUGGGAGGUCCUGAGUUUGAUUUUCAAGUGUGACAUUAAAUCGUUCUUUCAACUUCUUUCCUUUCCGCAUAGUUUUAAGUAGCUUUAAAUACCCAUAACACAGAGCACUCGGCCUCAGGUUUGUUAAUCAGAUGACUAUUUCCAGCUACAAACGUAAAAUUAGGACUCUUUACCUUUACCUUUUGACAUUUGCUGUUUCAGGGCUGUACUCCAGCAGCUCCUGGUGGCUCCUGGCACCUUACUUUUGCUCACGGCAACUAGAAAAUCUUAGUUUUUUCAUACAAAUCCUAUGCUGGGCAGCCUAAAUUUUGCAGGUUUAGAGCACUAAGCUCCCUUCGAUUUUCCUUAGAGCACAGCCUUGUGUUUUAUUUAGAAUGAACAUGAUGUGAACUGCAGCAAUAAUCUUUAAUUAGAUUUGCUGUGUUGUUGUUAAGUUUAAUUUAUUACACCAACAGGCAAGCUUAUGUUGUUAUGCAUUCAUGACUGUCUAUUUUACUGUCUUCUCAGAUUCCUCAGCAAACUGGACACCAGAGGAAAUUGACCAGAUGUGGCAAGAUUUGGCAUCAGAUCUGUCAGCAAUGCUUCAAGGUCACACAGGGGACAUUCCUGAGUCUGUGGCCCCCUUUGAUGCGGCAUCCGAAAUUCCCGUUGAUGAACAGAAGUGAGCAACUGAUUAUAUCUAUAUGAUUUUUAGUAAUCCCUGUUUUUCCAUUCUAUGUGUGUUUUCCAAUUUAUAAUUAUUGUGACUUCCUGGCAUUUACUUGAGCCAAGAGUAUAGCUCUCUGUAAAAAUCUGGCGGGUAGGCAGGGCUGUGCUUUAGCCGCACCUGGUGGCCCUUGAUGCCAGACUUUUGCUCCUGGGCAACUAGAAAAUCUCUGGGUUUUUGUAGAAAUCUUAUGCAAGGCAUAGUGGAUUUGACGGGGUCAGAGGAUUGGGCUCACUUCAUUUUUAUUUACUACCAAAAGCAGCAUUGAUUUUCUAUUAAACGUUUGACAGACUAGUUUUCACAACCAUGUCUUGUGUGUUGCAGGACAAGUGCUUUAUCUCGGAUUCAAGGAUUUCUUAGAAAUCAACAGUCUGGUGAAGCUAUUGCAUUGCUCAGGGCGGCAAGGUAAAGUGUUAAAAUGGUAACGUGGUCUGGACUUUACUCUCAGAUGUGCAAGGUUGGGGGUGUGGAUGUCAAUACACCCUUAAUCCAGAACCCAGUAAAUGUUCAUUUAUUCCUCUAGGAAAUUUUGGAAAACUAGCUAACAAUCGGUUGCUAUGUGGUAUCUUUGGGGCCAAGACAACUGUAUGCAAUAGAGAGAUGUGAAACUCCAUCUGAUAUGGAAAUGGGCAUACUCAGGGAAAGACAAAAAACAUUUUAGCCUUGGUAAAGGUUAAACGACAAGGAUGGUAUGAAAGUACUUAGUUGCCCAGGCUUUCAAAUGUGGUCCCAUUUAUUUUUUGAAGGGUUUUUGACUCUUCAAGCUAAAUUUCAAUAAUUUGAUGGGGUCUGUGAUGGGGAAACACUUCUACAAACUUUUCCUUUUUGACAAUCUGUCCAGUUCCUUUUUUAUUUCAUCCGACAAUCUAGAAGCCCUGUAAGUAUUAUAGAUCUUCCGAAAACAUUGACUUUACCUCUAUUUGUGUUAUGCAAUAAUCUCUAUGGUUUUAAACAUUUUUCACUCUCCUUGCAUUUCAUGUUUUUUUAGCCACCAGUUUAAACUUGAAACUAAAUUGCUUAUGUUAAAUAAAUGGCUAUAAGUUUUCUUUGAUGUUCACUUCAGAGAUGUAUGGCCAGACGAUCAGUUUGGAUCUGUUGGAAUUGGUGCUGAAGAAGAGUUCAUGUGUGUGUGCGAUAUUUUCAAAAUGCCUUUACCUAAUGGUGAGUCAACAAAGUAUGCUUUGUGCAUGAUCCAUUUCACAUUAUGGUAUUACUUCCCUGUUCUCAGGUAUACAGGUACCUCUUUGCUCUUACUCAAUGUGGGUAGUGUCAAGGUUUCAGGAAAUCAUUUUAUGUUACAAACAUUAAUACAAAAAAAAUUUAUGGGUGUUCCGGAUCGAAUUUGCUUGGGCAUUUGGGUAGACAAUUCCCUCUUGUUUUGAUGCACAAGGUUUAAACCCUUGCUAUGGCAAUUUUAUUUCAAACUAGAGUAUUUGUGUUUUCAUUAUGUUAAAAGUGUCUUCUCUUCAUCAUCAAAAUGAUGCCAAAACAAUUAAUUUGGGAUCUGAUGAACAUGUUUGUGGCAUCCUUCCCUUGCGUGUGUUGGCCAAGCAGUUUGACCCCUCUAUUGGAUCUGACAGUCUAGGUUCACACAAAAAAUUUGCUCCACUUUACCUCUGGUCACCCAGUUGUAUAAAUGGGUACCGGCAACAUACUGCUGGGGGGGGGGGGGGGAUGGACGGGGUGACCGAGAGAAUACGUGGGACCUUAGAAGGGGGGAGCGUCAAAUGUAAAAAGCUAUGGUGUCUUUGUCAAAAAAAAAGUGUAAAGCACUAACUAAGUUUGUCGAAACAAACUGUUUUCACCGGUGAUGCUCCAUUAAGCCCCGUGUUGUCUCACAUUACAGCACAAACAUCCCCUAUCGUUAUCUUGGCUUUUUGUCUCUUCUUCUUCUGUGGGGUGGGGCAUGCAUGGUUCCCCCCCUCUUUUGUGGAGACAGUGAUCGGCUACAAAAAAUAUUUUCUCCCCCCCCCCUCCGCCCCCCCCUGUUUUGAAAGGGGGGGGGCCCCACACGGGGGGGGGGGGGGGGGGGGGGCUGGAUGGGUAGCCCUGUAAUGGACUAGUGUCUCAUCCAGCGGGGAGUGGCAAUACCCAAAGGCAAGGUGCUCUAUGUCACCAAAACCUUGUAAAGCUCUAACCAUGUGGGCCUUAAUGACCUUUUUCCACCCAGUAUACCACCUUAAACUCUCUGUUUACCCUGCUUCUGGCACUGCACUUCACCAUCUUUAAUUAGGCACUGUCCUGGCAAGAUAUUGCAUUUGUACAUAUUAUUGGCAUUUGUUUAUAUUAUUUUUUAUAUGUCUUAUCAGUGACAAUUCCACCUGAAAAUGAAGGAGAUGAAAGGGAAGAAGAAGAGGAUGCCCUCCCAGGUCAGUGAAAUUGUACAGUUCAAUCAACACCUAUAUAAUAAUAAUAAAACAAAGGGUCAUUACAUUUUCCGAAAUUGCAUUGUCAGAGUCGAGAGUCACUGCUGCCAGCUAUCUUGUGUCUUUUUUUCAUACCAACUGAAACUUAGCACUCUGUUUCUGUCACUGCACUCUGUACUCUUGGCGGGUUCGAGAUUCUAAUCUGCACUGUCGUUGAGAAGCAAAUGGCAGUGUACUGGCCCACCCAAUGAAUGGGUUCUUCCAAUCCUCCUUGUGAAAGUGGCUAUGUCAUGCUGUUUGCUUUCUUCUUUAAACUCUACAACGUUUCCCCCAUCGAUUAAAUUCCAAAAGUAAUUGUCCAGUUUUGUUUUUCAAGACUAUAUUUAGGCGUGGAAACUGUUUCGUGUCAUCUGGUCCAAUGAAGGGCGAGAAUGGACAUGGAUUGAAACUUGAAAAUGUUCAGCCAACUUUUUCAACUUUUAAUGCUAUGCCCGCAAAAAAUCACCAACAAAGUAUUAUGGUUAGCGCUCCCUGGUGAAUUCUUCGUAAUUCUAGAGUAAUGAGUUUAGCACAUACAGCUGUAAUUGACCAUAAUCAGCAAUAUCGUCGUGAGAUAGCCCCUUUAAUAACAGUUAGUUAUACAAUGAAGGAGAAGGCGACAAAGAAACUUUUAUUUUUAUAACGGUUGUCUCUGUCAAUAACUUCCACGACCGGUCAAUAAAGUGUGGUUUGUAGUGUUUCCUGGUCAACAAAUUACUUUUAAUGAGCUAGAUCAUUGAAGGUUUUGACGAUGCUGUUUUUCAGAGGAAGAAGAGGUGCAAGCUGUACAGACUCGUGAAACCGAGUUUAGCAUCCAAGAUUUUCUUAACAAGUGAGUAAAAUCGCUUUCUUACUCUGCAUUCUAAGUAAAAAAAAACACUAUUCUCCAAUCUGAACAAAAAUACGAGGUCUGGCAACUUAUAAAGGCUAAACCUAAUCUUAAUGCAAAUAAUCAGUGAUGGAAGAAAACCAAGAAUUCACCUUUCGUUAAACCAUGAUGAAUUUUAAUCAGUUUAAAUUUGUCUUAUCUUUUUUAUACGUUGUAGACUUGCAAGCCCUUCUCUCAUCCAGCCUUACUGCUGGCUGUUAAAAUUUUACAAAGAAAACAAAGAAGCGACCAACCAUGCCAUCAUUAAGAUGCUGCACCGCGUUGCUGUUGAUUUAAAGACACCAUCCAUGCUGUUCCAGCUUUCAUUGUUUAGAACAUUCCAGAAAAUUCUCUCCGAUCCAGCAGCAAACCAGUACAAGGUAAGGUUGGAGCUUGUUUUCACCAGUCUGAUUUUGCAAGAAAGUGCGCAUGUUUCUUUUCGUUUUGGGUUCCCAUCCAUCAGUAAAUAUUAUUCUUUGGAUGAAGAAGUGAAGCAAUUCAGAAGUGGCUGAUGAUUGUGGUGAUGGUGGUGGUGGUGAUAGUGAUGGUGAUGAUGAUGAUGAUGAUGAUGAUGAUGGUGAUGAUGAUGAUGAUGAUGAUGAUGAUGAUGGUGAUGAUCAUGUGACUUGCUUAGCAACCCGGUUUUGAGCGACUGUAACACAACAAAAUAUACUCAGUUACUUUCAAAUCCAGAAACACUGAUCACCUCAAAUAUCUCGGUAACGCUCAUUGUGUCAUGACUAAUCCCACUGGAGAUCGUGACACAAGGGCAAUCCACAAAGCCUCAAUUAGUUAAAUUUUUUAAAUUAGUGCCUUCUUUCGUAAAACAAAAGAAACGAAUCAUCGCUGGGCUCGAAAGAAGUCCCGUCGUGUAGUCUGGGACAAGUAUAUUUUCUCGUAGGGCAACUGAAUGUUAAAAUUUUUUGCCCAAUCAGCAAGGGGCCAGCCAUAACAUCCUCUAAUUAAAUCAUUAACCAAGUUGAGUAAGAAGUGGCCCCAGGUAAGCAAAAUGUGAGAGCUGCUUGCCUAAAGGACAAGCUGAAGUUUCUUUGGAGCCCUGAAUCGGGACACUACUGUGUCUGUGUAUGUUGGUUAUGCUCAUUCUUCUGCAUUAUGUCUCAAGACCAGCCUUAAUUGCUACUUGCGCCCUGUGUAAUUACAUACCGUAAAUCCUCUAUUAAGCCCCCCUCUCAAAUAAGCCCCUCCCUCUAAUAAGCGCCCCCCUUUUCAGGGUGUUUUUUCCCCUUUCUUCCUCAUUAUUUCCAAAACCCACCUUAUAUCCUCCCCCCCCCCUCGUUAAUAACCUACCCGAAACCCCACUUUCCCCCCCCCCCCCAGAAAACCCCCCCCCCCCAACAAGCCCCCCCCUUUUUCAGAAAAAAAGGUUAAAAACCCCCCCCCCCCCCCCUCUCUAUUAAGUUAACCCUAACCCACUCCUAAUUUUUCUUCACUAAUGAAUAAUAGAGUGUAUUAACCAAUCACGACCGUAGAACUUUGCGUGGGCUGAUCCGGGAUGGUUUAUUUACCAACUGGAAGUUCGGAUUUUAUUCUGAUCCUCGGCUGCAUGACCUAAAACAUCUUGCACUCGAGCUUUUCCACUUUGUAUUCUAGUUCUAUAUGGAGAACUCAUACCAUCGUCAUUUCUAAGUUAAGUAAGCCCCUCGUCUCUAUUAAGCCCCCCUUCAAAUGGGCUUGAAAUAAAUACGCCUCCCCCCCCCCCGCCCCCGGGGGCUUAAUAGAGGAUUUGCGGUAAGUACAUAAGUUGGUUUGAUUUUCGCCAGAUGACAGAACAACAUACUAGGUUUAUUGUAUGUGUUCCUUUUUUGAUCACAAAGGUAAACAAGGCGAAUAAACCGGUAAAAAAGUAUAUAAUUGUCUUGAUGUGAUUGUUUUGCGCAGGAGAUGGUGAAGUUUUCAAGAUAUAUUGUUGCUAAGUUUUUUGAGAAGUUGCCUAACAACCCAGUGCUUCUAGCCGAGCUCGUGGUUUGGAAGACCGCAACAGAUUGUUAUGAAAUAGAAGAAGGUUAUGGAAGUCUGGCGUUGAGGUAAAAACCGUCUUUUGAUAUUUUACCGAAAACAGUGCUUUCAACAGAAGCCAGGUGUCAUUUGAGGUUUGCGCACUAAAUAAUGAAAAAGAAAGAAAGGUCAUGCAACUCUUCACUUCAUGCAACAAUAAAGACCUACUUUGUUGUUGCGAUAAGAAACCGCCACAUGUGGAACUAAACUUCUGGUUAAUUCCGUCUGCGUGCCAGCGCCAAAAUCCUUUUCUGGUCCACCACCUGUGUACCAGGAUUUUAGUACAUGCCAUGAUUGGCCUGUUAAAAAAGCCAUUGUCAAUUUGCCAAUCAGGUUGAAGGGAAAAUCGAAACGCACUUCCGUUAAUUCGUUGUGUCUGGCCCAGAACAAGGUUAUUGUCCCUCCUUUACAGGCGUCACUAACCGGGGUUAGAUUACGUCUGCGUUGCGGAAUGUCGGCUGUUUUCUCAGACUAAACAGUCAGGCAUUAACAUGUUAUUUCUUGCAGAAAUGCUAGCAAAAAUGCAGCAGUAUGGACGUUUGAAGAGGAAGAAGAGUUACGGGAAUUGUACGAGGAACUUAAAGGCUCAGAUGGUAUGCGUUGCAUUUUUAGUUUUGACGACCAUCUUGUGUUUUUCGCAUGUGAGAAAGACAAAUUCCUGAAGUAUAAAGUAAAUUCAGCUAAUUCUUUUAAUAUUUGUUUGUCGAAGGGUCCUUAAUAGGCAGUUUCCGAGCUCCAAAAACUCUCACGUUAUAAACGAGGCUAAGUGUAAAACCUUUCUUGUGAAAAUGAGCUGUUUGCAUGAGAAUAAGAAAUCAUUUUCACAUCAAUGGCCUCGCACUUAGCCUCACUCUGAAACAGAGGCUUGAGGCAACACGGGAAUGGCCCAUUUCCUUGAAUGAAAGUGUUAGUGGAAAUUAUCACAAACCUCCAUAUUCCUCGAUUGUAAUAUCUCUCCUGCAAAUUUGUUUACCAGGAGGUUAACCAGUGGUUGUAUAACUAUUUUAAAGGAUUUGCUUGUCAAAACAUCUGGCAUCAAACCUUAUCAAGUAACAAGUUUAUUUACGUCAAUGUGGCCUAGUGUUGUUAAAACCUUAAUGAUUACUGUUGCGGUAGAAGCCUCUAAAAACUAAAGCUUUUGGAACCCUUAAGUUUGAUGUUAAAUUUUUGCUGGCAACCAGAGGAGCCCACAAUCCUUAUUUCCAGGCCGCAAUAUACUCAUGCGCGGCACGUGUGUAGCCAGUUGGACUUCCAUCAGAAUAGAUGGAAAUUGAUGGAAUGGAUACAACGCAAUCUGAUCACACGCAGUUGGACCUUCUAUCACUCGUAAUCUGAUUAAAAUUGCGCAAAGGACAGAUUUGGAGCAAGAGCGUCUUUAUCUUCGAUCGAUCUCACCCGCAUUCCCUAACCUUGGUCAUUAUGAGUUGUAGUCUUCUAGCUAAGAGUUUCAUUCAUGAUUUUAUCAGAUCUCGUUGACAAGAUUAUGGAAAAGAUGUCAAGUCAUUCCAAGAAUAGGCGACAGGUACUUGUGUUUUUAAGGUGAAUUAGUAUAAAAUUCUUAGAACCUGCCCAUGUAUUCCUCUUCUUACCAACGUUUUUCCCUAAGUGAAAAUUAAGUUAAGGGAAGAGUAGUAUCUAGCGCUUUACAAAAGUCAGAACUGGGCAGAAGAACCGGGCAUUGUGAAAUUUCUCAAAAUUUUUUCCAAAAGUCAUCACUGCUUUGUGAACUAUAUGGUAAUGUACUGAUCUGGAUGAAUAGGCCUGAUUAAUAGUGUAAUUCUCUUUACGACUGGACUGGUCUGGCUGGGCAGUUUUGACAAAUGCUAAGCACCCUGUCUACUUCCCUUGGUUAAUUGAAAAUGUCUGUGUCACAUUCUUGACCCAUCAUGAGUAAACUCAACACCAAUGGUGAGUUGCCGGCGCGCUCUUUUCUCGCCCACUCCAUUUAGAGGCUAGCCGCAGUUCAAUCCGGGACCCUAGCCCAAACCCUAUGAGGCAACUUCUUCUUCAUAACCACUGCAUUUUAUUAACUUCGUGUGCAAUGGCCUGAGAAAAUGGUGUCACGUUAACUUUUUAAUUGCAGAUCAUGAACAAACUAGUGACGCUAAAACUGGUUACAGACAGAAAGGAACUUCAUAAGUAUGUUUGAACAUUACUUAUUGUCAGAGCUCGAAAAGUUCAUCAAGUGUUUUAAAACUUAUAACUUAUCGAACAUAAUGUUUACGGCAAAAAAACAUAAACAGGUGAACAUCUUCCCUCAAUUUACUACAUUUGCUUAUUGAAUGUUAGGAUAAUUCUUUACAUUCAUGAAAACAAGAGAAAUGGUGGAUUUCCACUGUCGCGUAAUUUUUGUGUGUGUAUGCGCUUGAAAUUUAUGCAGGCAAAUAAAAGAGGGAAUGUAAGAAGUGUCACGCGUAAACGUAAAAGUUGAACCAUACAUUACUUCUAGUUUAUGUGCGGGCGUAAAUUUCAAAGCACUUUUAGAGAAUGAUAAAUUGUCAAUCGAAAGGUCAGCUUUACCAUUUGUCGCUCGUAACAUGUCUGUAAGAAGUUCGUUUGUUUAGUUAAUGAUUAUUAUUUAUUUAUGUGCAGAAAACCAGUAAAGAAGAGAGCGUGGUCGGAGGAAGAGAAUGAACACCUGAGAGCUUUGUAUGAGGAAUAUAAGAAUUCUGAAGAAGGUUUGUGCUUCUGAGCUAAGCCAUAAGUUUAAAUGUCCAUGCCGCAAGCGUGCACUCAGUCUGCCACAAAACGGAACGCCAACCCUUUUUUGCUCUCGCACCAUCACUGUCUCUUUGCUCAUGUAGGAGGAAUUCAUACCUCGUAAGAUAAUAUCCAUGUAAAAUCAGGUUUACUGUUUUAUGUGACAGAUUUCAAUUAAAAAUAUCAGACCUUUACGCUUGAAAUUAAUUUUACUGUUAUUUAUGGCAAAUGUCGCUUCAAUAUCUUGCCUCUUGCGUCUAAAAUUGGACUUCAUAGUAUCGGGCUAUCAUUGUCUGUUCCGGGGGGUACUCCCUAUAAUGGUCUAUACGGGGAGACUCGCCUGAAAGAGCUACCUUUUUCAGGCUUAGGUUUAUUAUAGAGUAGGGAAUUAACAAGUUAAAGUACAUAAAGUGGUAGUAAAAUCUAUCAUCAAAAAGGUCCUUUGUUUAAAAUACUUUGAAAAGACGUGCUUAUGGCUACAUCAUUUUAAUCCAUUAAAAUGUUACACAAAAAUUACAAAAGGAAUUGCUGUUAUAGGGAGUUAUUCUUAUUAGUAGGUAUAUUAAAGAGGUAAGGUUUUCAAUGGAGGUGUGCGAAAGGCUUACCUUUUCUGCCAAAAUUGAAAGGGGAAGGGGUUGGAUCACAGGGCGGAGCCUCCCUGAUAAGGAUGCGUUUCUUUGGGAUGAUCCAGAUCAAGAUCAGUGAUCCGAUAUCACUAGGAUCAUGGCAGGUAAAAUAAACUCUGAUGAACCCAGGGUGGAUUUGUCAGGUUUCUUUGUUGUCCUAUGAUCCAAGUGAUCUCGGAUCACUGAUCCUGAUCCGGAUCAUCCUAAAGGAACGCAACUUAAAAUUUUGCUGAAUACCCCCCUCCCCCUCACGCUAAUGGUCUGGGUUCACUGUUUUUGUACGAUAGAUAUCGUGGAAAGGAUCAUGGAGCACAUGCUUAACUCAUCGAGAACAAGACGCCAAGUUGUCACUCAGCUGGUAAACUUGGGCGUCGUUGAGGACAGAAAGUUGCUGCGAAAGAAAAGGAAGAAGGGGGAAAGAAAGAGAAAGAAAGAUGAUGGAUUUGUUGUGGUAUGUCAGUGACUGUUAAAUUUCCUGCAUUAUUAUUGACCUGUUGUCCCAUGUAGGUUCUGAUUAGCUACAGGCGAACUGCAAAUUCUAACUGGUGGUAGAUUACCGGGAGAUUAUAAUGAUUUCACGGUGACAUGGUAGGCUGAUUUAGGACCAGAAUGGGAACAUCAAUUGAUGACGGCGCGCGCAAAUCCAACAAUUGGCUUGACCAAUCGCAGAGCGGCAAAUUGGGCACCGGAAGAAGCGUUUAGUCCUUUCCGCGGGCUUUCUCGUCGUCAACUGACGUUCCCGUUCUGUUACUAAAUCAGCCUAAUUUUUAAACAGGGCACGGCAACCAGUCGGUACCUAAAUGAGAGACUGUGAUGACUUCCUCAUCCUAACCUACCCACUGAUUCACUCUUAAACUGGGUUUUGUUUGUCUAUUUUUCUGGUGUUUUUAGGAUGAUGAUGUAGAAGACGAGGACAGUGAAGAAGGUAACGAGAACGUUUGGUGCUGUUGCACAGUUUUACCUACGAUCCUGGACAAAAUUCCUUGGAACAGUAGUGCAGUAUUCAUAAUUUUCUAUAAUUUCUGGGUGCUCUCCUAAAACAGUGCAUCUUGUUCGAAAAUAGCUUGCAGUUCUCCCUCCUCACUGGAUGCCAGCUUCUAACGUUGCUUGGGGGUGGAGGUGGCUUUAGGCAUUUUGAAUUGAAAAAGGGCCCGCGAAUUUAAAGUUUUGUCCACUAUUGUAGUAUAAAGGGUUAAUACAGGAGAAACACUGACUGGGAGAGCUUGUUUUUUAGCGCUGGAAAAGGAGAUUGGACCUUUUUACAUUUCACCGAAUUCAUCAUUCCACGUGGGCUUUUGAAAGUUAUGCAAGCCAAGUUAAAAACUCUUCUCUGUCUCUGUUAACGCCUUCUUACGGUAAAAAGUAGAGUUAAUGUGUUCAGUUUUCUAAUGUGGCGAAUAAACAGUCUUCUAAAAUAUAGAAUUUAAAGUGUCUCGGAAACUCAUUUUGAAAGGUAAAGUUGGUAGUAGAUUACAGCCACUCAAAUGCAUGCCCAUUUUCAAUGUUGUACAUGAGGACUGUAUACUCAUUUAUACCAUGCUGUCUCAUUGGCGUAGCUGAUAACAGUGACAGAGAGGAAGGCUUUGAUCGCCCGCCAAGCUCCUCUAGUGAAGAUUCUGAAGAAGAUGAGGAUUUGGAUGGUAGUGGUGAUAACUUGAAUAACAUCAUCAGUAAACUAAAAACUGCAGGUAAGGGUUUGUUUGUAAAUGGCCAACACAGAGCUCGCAAAAAAAAAAACAACAAAGAAUUCCAGCAAGUUCUUUUGGCAAGCAGCUUUGACACUCUGCCUGCCUGAAGCAACUAUUUUCCUAUUUAGAAGUUUUCUAUCCUGGGAUUUGAAACCUCUUUUACUCUAAAUAUUAUCAUGACAGAAUUAAAUAACUCUCUCUGCUAACUACUUGCUUCUCUUAGUUAAUGAUUCAGUUGGAGGAUGACUCGUCCCGGACUUUUCUCAAGCCCUGCGAGAUCCAUCAAAACUGAGUUCUUUCAAAAACGGACAUUUUCAUUUCGUUUCAUCUCAUUCCUUUUCCUUUGGCGAGACUACUACAGUUCACUCACCCUUAAUAGCCGCUCAUACAACACGAACACCUUCUUUAAGCAGACACCUAGAUUUGUUUCCCGCAUCCUUUAGUCUGUCUUGUACAGAGCCAAGGAAAAGGGUACUUUGUUCCGUUCCCAUUAGUUUUAGUUUCUAGGAUAUGAUUAUUACUCACUCUGAAAUCUAAUAGAAUGGUUUUAGCAGUAAAGAUCACAAGUGCAUUAAUUCAUUUUUAGGGCUAAGCGAACAGUUAGAAUGGAUUAAAUCCAAACUUCAAAGGACAGCGGAUGACAGAGAAAGUACAGGUAAUCUUUGCUUCCUUUUCAUCUUCUGACAGAAUUCACUUGAUGGCAAUUGUCUUUGUAUCCUUUUUAACACAAAGAAAAUGGAGCAUGUGUUUAGGUUAACCUGACAUGGUGAAUAGACGCAAAUACAAAUUAGCCUGGUUUUACAACGGUAACGGUGGGUCAUUUUUUAAAACAGUUAAGUUAGGUUUCUACUCUCCAAUGAUUUUUUUUAGACAAGGAACGGUGGCAGCCACUUCCAGUUGUUACCAUAACAGAGGAGAAUGAAGAGGCGAUGGCUAACAAGCUUUUCAAAAAGGCGUUGAUGAAAGUUGGGCUCAAGCCACCAGCUAACGAACAGGUGGGGUUCCAAAAAACUGAGGAUGAUCUGAUCAGGGGUUGUGAAUAUCUGGAUGACCUGCUCCGGGGAGCACAAAUAUCUGGGGAUGAUUUGAUCUGGGGCCUGGAAUAUCUGGAUGAUCUGAUCUGGGGGUACGAAUAUCUGGGGAUGAUUUGAUCUCGGGGUAGCAAAUAAUUAUCUGGAUGAUCUGAUCCAGGAGACGCGAAUAUCUGGGGAUGAUCUGAUCCGGGGGGGCACGAAUAUCUGGGGAUAAUUUGAUCUGGGGGUAGCGAAUAUCUCGAUGAUCUGAUCCAGGGGUCACGAAUAUCUGGAUGAUCUGAUCCGGGGAGCAUGAAUAUCUAGGGAUGAUUUAAUCUGGGAGUCGAGAAUAAGAACUCGAUCUGUUAUGGUUCGCCGAUUGGGCACAAUAAUACAAAGCAUUUUCUGUGGCCAAUCACGAGCCAGCAUUCGCUUAACUGUUUGGAAAUGGUCUGAUGAGAGUCGGUAACCAGGGGUUCUUCCGCCCAUACUUAAAAACUUUCAUUGUCCCUUUUCUCCCAACCUGACUGACUGCCCCUGGGUCUCUGAGGAUGAUCUAGGGAUGAUGUGAUCCAGGGAGCGCAAAUGUCUGGGGAUGAUCUGAUCGGGCGGGGGAUUGGUUUGCCUUGAAAAUUAUGAUAUGCGAUAAAAACGAAAAGGCGUGGUAUUAGCAGGGUCAACCAUGCUUUCUAAUAUUUCUGUCCUAAUAAGUGUGGGUGAGUCUGUAUGAGUAUUUAUGACGAAGAGCUUCCCUUAUGGUUGUUGUCUUUCAUAAAUCAGGGUCCAGCACUUAUUAAAAUAACUAACGUAUAUCUAUCUAACUUAAAUCAAUCUUAAUCCGUCAUCAGGAAACAUUCUGGCGAAUUCCCGUGAAUCUUAAUCCAGAAAAACUUCGAAGGGCAGCCAAGGACCUUGAAGGCAGUGGUGUUCCUCAAAAGGGCGAAGGUAUGAGAGUUGAUCAACAAUCACUGAGGUCCUUAAUAAAACUUUCAGUAAAUCCGAUUGAGGCGAAAAUCCAAAGUCCCAUUUUGAAAAGUUCUGGAAUACAAAGUACCAAGUGAAAGUACUACUAACGAGGUUCAUUUGAGUUGUUCCAUAACAUGAUUUCUUGCAGACACACAAAUUUUACAACCACCUCUUAAAACAUAAUGAUUAGUACCACAGGAAAGUACUGCUCAGUAGUUUUCAUUUGAAAGGUCACACUAGAAUUUCAUCCACAGAUCCAAAAGUGACGACGACUUUUUACGUUGUAGUUAAGAGUACCACAGGAAAGUCGGGAGCUUUCCUUUGAAUGGCCACAUUAUAUGAUUUCGCCCAGAUACUCAUACUCUACAAGGCUGAACUUAAAAUGGAACAAUGACUAUCACUUUCUGCAGUGUGUGUUUAUCAGGAGAACGCAUGAAAUACUCUGCAGGAUUUCCUUCACCUGUAGAUUCGCGAAGACUACAUUACUAGUAAAGAAUGCACAUACAGAGUGUUUUCACAUGACGUCACGGCGGCCAUAUUGGUGUCCCAAAACAAUGAAACGGCCGCCAUGUUGGUGUCCCAAACCAAUCCUCUGGGAGUUGAACUCUUUUCUUAUGCCAACGCCUUAUUUUGUUCUAAUAAAUUUGCGUAGAUCCUGGCCACGUGAGUGAAAACACUAUAUGGAUUACUUUUUAUUCUAAGAUAACGAUGCGGAGUUUGGCAGUCCUCCAGUCUCCAAUAAAAGCAAAUCACGGAAAGAAACCCUAGCUGCGCUAGCUGCCGCACGAAAGAAAAGUGGAUCAAUAUCAAGUCGCAAAAGAAGAGAAAGGACAAAGAGGAGGAGUGGUGGGAAGGAAUGGAGAAAAACUGUGAAUGAAAUAGCAACAGAAAAGAACUCGGAUAAUGAUAACAGGUUGGUUAUAGUAGUCUGCAGAAACAUCUUUCGUGGUUUAUCUCUUUUUCUUUUGGGUCACACCAUAAAGUUUUGUAACUACACCUAUAGUUCCAAACCUUUAAGAACUCUCUUCUCUUACAAGGAGUUAUUAUUUAUUCAUAUAUUUGUCAUCAUCAUCAUCAAUUCUUUUUUUGCGGGGAGGGUGUUGUUACUGUCGAAAGUAAAAAACUUUUAACCUUUUGGAAUGAUAUUUGAAAAGACGCCAGAUGUUAAACCGUGAUAUAUUCCCAUGAAUGUGACUCCAGGGAAACGAUACAGGUAGCUCGUUUCUAAGAGCGUGUAUUUUAAUUACACUUACGACGAACAUAUUGUUGCAUUCGUUGACAGGUGACACGAAUUGAAACUUUUCCUUCAGUUUCCCUAAAAGGAAAACAAAAUAUGCUAUUCAGAGGUCCCUACUUUUUGGGAAUCGUUACGUUUAGGAUAUAAUAGCGGGCAGCAUGCAAUUUCAGCGUAACUUAAUAGUGUUACGAAAUCAUUAAGAUAAGCAGAAAACGUUUUUAUGGUGACAUUUGGUGUGCUUGUUUCUCCGUUUUGCAGCGACGACAACAUAAGUGCCAGAGACAGUGAUAUGGACGAAGCAGCCCCACCUUCUGAAGAACAAAAUGCUACUCGGAAAAAGGAAUCCUCGAAAAAAGUUAAAAGACGAGUUAAAGCAUUGGAUGAAAGUGACGAGGACGACGACGUCUGUUCAGUCAAAAUACAAAAUGGAGAGGUUGAGUCUGGUGGCAGUGAAGAAGAGGAAGAACGCAAUGGAAGCAAGGUCGCUUCUUCCACAAGUAACGCCGAUAAAAAGGCUAAUUCAGUAUCUGAUAGUGAUGAUGACAACGGAAAUAUCUCCGAUACUGAAGACGUAAAUAACAACGAAGAAAUAAGUGAGGCUGGGAAGAAACGGCCGAGAGAUGAAGAUGAAGAUGAUAGCAGCGACGACGACGAAGAAUUUAAUCUGCCACUUAAUUAUCAUAAAAAAGCCAGGCGUGUGCUUGUUGAGGAUGAUGAAGAUGAUGAAUAGUAAGGUGUGUUAGUCUGCAGUUCGAUGACAACUCCUUUACCUUUCCUUUCAUAUUAGCAUAAUAGACCUUAAGAACUGAGGACGGCAACGGAAGUGAAAAAAGAUGCAUUCGCGAACUUUUAAUGUCCCUUGCGAUUCAAGCCAACGUCAAGACAAUUACAAAUACUUUGCAAAACUGUCUACCUACUGGUGCAUCAGGGUCACCCAAUGACGGUAUUUUUUGUAAAAUAUCUGUUCAAAGAAGCGAAUAUUGCCUACAACUAUCUAUAGCUGGACGAAUGUUCGUGGUACGAUUUCCAGAAUUUGGAUUUACUCCUCAGGUUUAGCUACAAACCUAAAACUUGCUGUUUCGAAAACGUGAUGAAAAUAGGAAUAAGAAAAUUCUCACCAUCGUAACGCUUUAGAUGUCAUACAAAAUUUUCGGCAACAUAAUACUAAAGCCCUAAUAUAUUCGUAAAGGCUCAAAACGCUCUAGGCUGACCGAAAAGACACGAAUCUUAUACGUCCCUUAGAGUGCAUUUCUAGAUAUCUUUAAGUACUCUAGGUAGCUUAUAGGAUUUAAUGGAGCCGAAACCAAUUGUGGAAUUGCACGCAUUUUAGGCAUCCUACUGAUGAACAGUUGCGACCCGUAGAUAUAUAUUUUUUAGCAACUAAGAUAAUUUGCAGUCUGUCUACUUUGAAUUUUAAAAGGUGGAAUUCGUCGUCGGGUGCCCCUGAAUACAUUAUGGAAUUUAAGUCGACUCUGUAAGGUGUUAAGUACCUGUUUGCGUUCUUAAUAAUAAAAUA